AUGAAUUUCGAAAACAUCCCCUUGAUCUGGAAGUGCCUGCAGCAGAUUUUGAAAGACGGGAAGCCUCCAGACGUGGGAAGCGGGAAAGGAGACGGUGUGUGUCAGAUUGUAGUGAUGCUACUGAGUCUGUAUGAAGGACUCUGGGCUGCACCUAACCCCAGACUAAAGCCCACAGACCCCCGGAUGGAGUUUGAUUCCAUUAUUGCCUUGACCAGAAACCUGCUAACUGAUACCAAGACCCUCUCCAAUCACUUUAAGAAACACUUCCCAGCAGAUGGUGAACACAAGCUUGAAACGCUGCCAGUUUUAUCCAUGAAUGCUGUAGAACUUGCCAACAUUCAGGUUUCUGCAGGUCUAGUCCGGUUUGCCUCCGAUUUUCAAAGCUACCAACGGCAUUUUGAGUGGCUGAAAAAGUCAGCAACAUGGCUGCGGCCCAUGGAACAUGAUAUUGGCACAGUGCACACUCGGCUUGAACGCCUCCUUAGAAGACUGGAACAUCUGAUGACAAAACUCAAUAUCACAAGACCCAAUGACGCUUUUCCAACCCUCCCAACCCAUGGGACCCACUGGUCUGUUGUCCAGGCUGGACAUGCCAUUGUCCACUCAUUUCACCUUUAUUUAGACUGGGCAGCUCGAGUGCUGGUUUUGAUCCGGAACAAGUUGUGA